AAGGCCGGAAACAUAGUGCUGAGACACGAUUACGAAUCAAGCAACGAACCAUAGAAGCCUUGAAUGAUCCCAAGGUUAGGGAGAAGAUGUCUGAACAUCCCCGAACUCAUAGUGAGGAAAGCAAGGCAAGAAUUGGGUCCUCAGUGAGGCAUGCUUGGGGCAAGCGUUUGAAAUGGAAACGGUUAGGGGAAAUAUUCUUUCUAUCGUGGAUGGAAAGUAUAGCUGAAGCUGCUAGGAAAGGAGGGAGUGAUCAGGCGGAGCUAGAAUGGGAUAGCUAUGAUAAGAUAAAACAAGAAAUAGCUCUUGAACAGCUUCAGUGGGCUACAGAAAAGGCCAAGGGAAAGGAGAUAGCAAAGGUAAGAGCAGAAAAAGCAAGAGCAGAAAGGAUGGCAAGGAGAAAAGAGCAGAAGAGAGAGAAAAAUCAAGAGAAUUAAAGAGAAAGAAGCAAGAAAAAUCAAAGAAAGAUGAGAAAGUGGCAGACCCCGAAGGGAGGAAACUUAAGCAGAGACUACAAAUGAUCCUCAAAAAGAAAUCCAUAAGUAGUCAAGUCAGUAUUCAAGGAGACAGAGCGCAUGUCCAAGCCCUGGAGAAAUUGAAUAUAGACCUUAUAAAGAGAGAGAAAAUGCAAAGAGAAGUUCCUCUUGCGGAGCAGAUCAAAGCAGCCAAAAGCAGAAGAACAGAACCAAUCUCUGCAAAGAUUCUAGCAGUCUCAUCAUCCUUUCUCUCAUAUAAUACAAGACUAGAAGAGUAAGCUCCAAAAAUGUUUGUUUCUCUAAACAAAAUCAAAGCAUGGUGUAUCAUACAGAAGGUGAUUUCCCAUUUACUAGCUUCUAUUACUCCUAUGGAUGAUAUGUGUUCAUU